AUGGAAGAGACUAUAGAUGAUGCCCCCACAUCAGCUGUUGUGUUGGAUCAUUGCCAUUUUGCCCAAGUCAUCUUUAACAGCGUGGAAAAGUUCUAUGUCCCUGGAGGAGACAUCACAUGCCAUUAUACCUUCACCCAUUUUGUCCCUCGUCGAAAGGACUGGAUUGGCAUCUUUAGAGUGGAGUGGAACACAACCCGCGAGUAUUACACCUUCAUGUGGGUUACUUUGCCUGUUGACAUGAACAGUGAAUCAGCCAAACAGCAAGAAGUUCAGUUCAAAGCUUAUUACCUGCCCAAGGAUGACGAAUAUUACCAGUUCUGCUAUGUGGAUCAGGAUGGUGUGGUCCGGGGAGCUAGUAUCCCUUUCCAGUUCCAUCCAGAAAAUGAAGACCACAUCCUGGUGGUUAGCACUCAGGGAGAAGUGGAGGAGCUUGAUCAGCGAAACAAGGAGCUUUGUAAAGAAAACCAGGAGCUGAAAGACAGCUGUGUCAGCCUCCAGAAGCAGAACUCAGACUUGCAGACUGAGCUCCAGAAGAUGCAGGGACUACAAGAGGAGUUAGAAACCCUAAAGAACAUCAAUAAGGAGUUGGAACGAAAUGUGAAGGAGCAAAGGGACUGCUGGGAGACAGAGUUCCUUCUACUCAAAGAAAAAAAACAGAUGAUGUCUUCAGAAAAUGAGAAGAUGGGAAUCAGAAUAGAUCAGCUUCAGACUCAGCUGUUAACUCAAGAGAAAGCAAUGGAGAAGCUUAUUCUUGGAGAUCAGGAUAAGACUGAACAAUUGGAACGCCUCAAAAAGGAAAAUGACCAGCUACUCCUCAGUUUAACUGACCAGAAGAAGCAUCAGAAGAAGCUUGAGCAGACGGUGAAAGAGAUGAAACAGAAGGAAGCAUCUGCAACGAGGAAGCAACAGGAGUUAAUGGACCAGAACUUUGACCUGUCAAAAAGACUGAGUGAGAAUGAGUUUAUAUGUAAAACUCUGCAGAAAGAAAAAGAGAAAAUAGAGGGAGAAAACGAUCUUUUGAAGAAGGAGAACAGAAGACUGCUGAGUUACAUGGGUUUGGAUUUUGAUUCUUUGCCCUAUCAAGUACCUGCUUCAGCUCACGGAGAUGCACGACAAAAUCCAGGGCUUGUGUAUGGAAAUCCAUAUUGUCGUAUCCAAGAAAGUUCUUUUCCAAACCUGGCCACCGUCACAAAAUACUCCACUGGCAACAUGGGCCUUGCUGAGGAUAUGAAUAAGGAGGAUCACAGUUUGGAGCAGCGUGUGCAGGCCCUUUGUUUGGAUUGUCCAAUCUGUGACAAGAGCUUUCCAAUAGGCCAGAAGCAGAUCUUUGAAGACCAUGUGCUCUGCCACGCUAUAUAA